AUGCCGUUCGACGAGCAGCAAGGGAAUUGGACCGCAACAUGCCGAAGAGUCGUUGGCGCCAGAAUCUUCACUGCAAGCUACGAAUACUCUUCGCACGACGAGGCGACAUAUUGCGUUUGCGGCAACUACAAGUGAGAGCGAUAGUACUCGCUGGUCUGAAACGGAGUCAUGGCUGACGCGAGUACGGCGCCUCCUGCAGCACGAACGUCGACUAUGCACCGCAGGUGAUCGACGACCUUCAUUCCAGGUUUGUUGGCUGGUUCUUUGCAAGAUCGACCGUCGCUGUGAGGAAGCCACGCGGAUCGCAAAGACCUUCACGACGCCCAUCCGACCGCAGUAGUCUUUCGUCGGAGCGACAACGUGACAGACAAGAGUAG